AAUGAGUUUGAUGAGCAGAACCAGUAUCGCAUUACGUGAGUACAGUUGGACUGACGAGCCUGAUUGUGAUGUCUCGUUCCUGUUUAGGCAGUCAACAUGGACAAAUCGAAGUGGUCACGUGACGCUGGAUGGCGGACGAGGAAGAGUACGGUGAACUGGCAGAGAUCAACUUGUCUCAGUAUGGUGGCCGCUGGGGACGGAGUCCAGGCGGGGGCAGUGUCAGCGUCAUUAACAGCCCACACCACCUUCACAACUCCACGUCCCGCUUCUCGUCACAGCCCCCUCACCAGCCCUCCCACCGAGCGGGGAGUUAUGAGGCAGAGGACAUACUGUACUCCCGGGGAGGCGGUUCCUCCCGCGGGCGAUCGGGCCUUUACUACUCCCCACCCGGAACUUCCUACACUAUUGUGGAACGUCCCACCACCGCUCCCACUCCGGGCAAGCACCCGCGCGGCACGUAUCUGGGUUCCUCCGCCACGUUCAACAACGCCCGGGCGAACCAUCACCACCACCACCACCACCACGCGGGUUCGAACGGAAAGAAACCGCCCAUAUCCCCGGAACAGGUGCUGAGGUACUUUGGGUCGGGGGGCGGCGGCAGUGCGAGCAACAAGAUGACUCACCACGCGGCGGUAGGGAGGAGAAGCGCGGUGUCCAGCCCCGCAAGCAGCCCGCAGCAGCACCACCAUAAUCUCAACAUGCACCAGGACCUGGUGGUGCGGACUGUCAACAUGAUGCGGCCUCCGGAGACAUCCCACGGCUUCGGGAUCUGCGUUAAGGGCGGGAAGGAUUCGGAUGUCGACGGAGUCGGGGUUUACAUCUCGAGGGUGGAGGAGGGCAGUGUGGCGGAAAGAGCUGGGUUGCGGCCCGGAGAUACCAUUCUCGAGGUCAACGGAACACCCUUUUCCACCAUCUCCCACGAGGAAGCUCUGAAGAUGCUCAAGUCAUGUCGGAAGCUGAGCAUGACGGUCAAAAGUCCAAAUCUGCAUCUCCAGCCAGCAACCGAUCGCCCUCUCUCUCACCAGGGGGGACCCUGGAUCGUACGUCAGACGUAUUCGUGGAUGGACCGCCAGGGACGUCCUGUUUCUCCGCCGCUGGAGUACGCUCAAGCGACGCCACCUGUCGUGGUGGCUACGCCCCCUCCCCCUCCAGCACCGCGUUAUUACUCACGCGCUAGUAAGGAGAAAGUAAAUACCCGGAAGGUGGAGCUGAGCAUCGAACCAGGCCAGAGCCUGGGCCUGAUGAUUCGUGGUGGCGUUGAGUAUAACCUGGGGAUCUUCAUCACCGGCGUCGAUAAAGACUCGGUGGCAGACCGCGCCGGUCUCAUGAUCGGCGACCAGAUCCUGGAGGUUAACGGACAAUCGUUCCUGGAUGUGACUCAUGACGAAGCGGUAAAUCAGCUCAAGUUCCAUAAACGAAUGACUCUCACAGUUCGCGACGUGGGCAAGGUGCCGCACUCCUGCACGGCGUACGACGACGUGCAGCCCUGGGAGUCUCACAGCCCGGGCCGUGGCGCACGGAAGCCCCGCUCGCCUGCACUGCAGAUGGUCGAAGAAAAGGCAAGAGUCGUCUUGAAGAAGAGCGAGUUCACCACCUUGGCCUACUACCAGGAGGAGUACUCGGCCAGACAGAUGACCAUCGAGGCCUUCGUGGCGGUGUUACUUGAACUGCUCAACACACCUGAGAAGUAUACCCUCCUCACCGAACUGCGGGAAGUUGUCCUGCCAGAGGAUCGAUCCCGGUUCGACGAGCUGGUGUACCGGCGUGAGGCUGAGGGACAACGCUGUCGAGAGUUCAGGGACAUGUUGGACCAGCGGGAACACGAACGCCAAGGUCACGCAGUGCCCAGGUUGCAGAGGAAGGGGGGCGGAGUGCUGCAGGGAAAUGACAACAACCAUGCGCUGCUUCUGUCUAACAUCCACGACAUUCCAGGACCGCCAGAGCUGACCUAUCAAACGUCUCGUCCCUACAAGUUUCCUGAAGGUGGUGUCACCUAUGAACAGUUUAACGAACCGGAAGAAUACCGUACUCCGAGCGAGGACUCGGGGGUGGGUAUGGGCCCCCCUGAACUCAUUACGAGAGUUUUACCCACGGGGGACUGGCAGGGGGGCUCCCCCUCUACCUCCUCGCAUCUCGACAAGCGCACCUCGGACCUGGCGCUCUCCAACGACGAGGAGUUUGACACCGGCCACCAGGAUUACAACAGCCCCGACCGGGACGCGCCGGGUUCUCGAUCCCGGCGCCACUCCAGCCCCGGCGACAGCCGAAGGGGAAGUGGCGCCGAUUUGGAGGAGCCACCCUACGCAGAAGACGCCAACAUGAGCGGCUACCUUGACGGCCUGCGCUCCCAGUUGGGAGGCUGGACGCAGAAAGUGAAGUCUUGGUAUUGGGGAAGGCCUCUCGAGUUGGCACAUAAGCUGAGUCGGAGCUUCGAUAUGAAGGAAGACCAGGACCUGUUAGAAACUGAAGCAUCCACUAUGAUACACCAGCAGUCCAUGCAGCGCCUCUCCAAAGGGGAACAAGUGGAUUUCCACGUGGAUGAGGAGUCGGGUGCACUUGUCGUGCCUGAUCAGCAGGGUAACCUUCGGAUAACUGUCAAGAAGACAAAACCUAUCCUUGGGAUUGCCAUCGAGGGCGGUGCCAACACUAAACACCCUCUGCCUCGCAUAAUCAACAUCCAUGAAAAUGGUGCUGCAUUUGAAGCUGGUGGCCUGGAAGUUGGGCAGCUCAUACUGGAAGUGGAUGGACAGAAAGUUGAGGGUCUGCAGCAUCAAGAUGUGGCACGGCUGAUAGCAGAAUCAUUCGCCCGGCGGGAACGCCAUGACAUCGAAUUCCUUGUGGUUGAAGCCAAGAAGUCCAACUUGGAGCCAAAACCAACAGCACUUAUCUUCCUAGAAGCCUAGCAGCUGCUCUCCCUGCCCUGAGCCUGAGGUGCCUCUAAGUGGACCCCUUGCAACCUGCUCCUCUUCUCACGAAGUAGCCUUAACUUGUUGUUGGUGUGAUGACAGAAGUAGCCUUAGUUGUACCUGGUUUGACUCAUGUGGUGAGUGGGGUAGUGUUAUCUGUGUGUGAGGGGUUAAAUUGCAUGUGCCCAGGUUCAAGGUUAGGGAGCUCUAUUUGGCCUUUUUUCUCCCUUCCAUACAUCUGAUCAUUUUUAAGAUGUUAUUUGGAGGGAACAGAACCAAAAACAGUGUGGUCUGUUAGUGACUCCAUCAAACGUGCCAAAGAAAUGAAGAAGAGAAAAGCAGCUUAAUAUUUUGUGCUUACAGUUGCAAGUUUCCUACACUAUUACAUAUGUAUGCAUACUGUUCUACAACUUAAUGCCUUUAUAUGUGGCCAAAGCCUCGUCUUGUUGUACAGUACCAAUCCGUGUUGCAAAUCUUAUUUAUCAACUGUUAUGCUGAUGUCAGGGCUCACCAUGUCCCUUCAGUAGCAAGCCAGGUUCCUGAAAAUCUGUUAUUUCCUUAUGACCACAAUUGGAUUACAUCUUAAGAAACUAAACCUUGGAAUGUAAGAUUUGAGGUUUUCACAGUGGUGAGUAUGAAGAUUUCUGGGUUGUUACGCUGUGUAGU